CCGGGAGUUGUAGUACUAUUUUCAGGGUCUGCCUACUGAGCCGAGAGUCUGGGAACUAUAAGCCCCAGAAUGCUAAACGCGUAGAGCGCUCGGUUUUCAGGUCUGGUGAAGCUGCGGGGCGCCGCGGGGCCAGCUGUGCGGGAGUUCCUGUCUCUGGGUCGGUGAGCCGGACUGAGCGGCUUUCUUGCUUUCGCGAAUUUCUAACUCUGCGCUGGUGUGUGCCUCGAGACCUCCUUACGCACGGCCGCGAGUUUACCCUCCACGCCCACCUGUUGCAGAGGCCGGCUGCGGGAGUGCUUGGAGCCCCUCCCCCUAUGCCCACCCACGAUGCCCCUGUCCCGCUGGCUGCGAUCUGUGGGGGUCUUCCUGCUGCCAGCCCCCUGCUGGGCACCCCGGGAGAGGUGGCUUGGUUCCCUACAACGACCCUCCCUGGCAUAUGGGUGUCCAGUCCUGGGGGCCUGGCACAGUGCCCGCUGGUGGUGCCAAGUGUGGACAGAGGAGCCUCGAGCAUUUUGCACCUCUCUCAGAAUGAAUGGGAACCAGAAAUUGGAUGCUUGUAAUCAAGAUAGGCAGGAUUUCAUCCAGCACUUCUCCCAGAUCGUCAAGGUGCUGACGGAGGAUGAGCUAGCACACCCCGAGACCGGGGAUGCUAUUACCCGGCUCAAGGAGGUCCUGGAGUACAAUGCUGUAGGAGGCAAGUACAAUCGGGGUUUGACUGUGCUGCAAGCAUUCCGGGAGCUGGUGGAGCCCAGGAAGCAGGACGCUGAGAGUCUUCAGCGGGCUCUGACUGUGGGCUGGUGUGUAGAACUGCUCCAGGCUUUCUUCCUCGUGUCAGAUGACAUCAUGGAUUCUUCGCUCACUCGCCGGGGGCAGAUCUGCUGGUAUCAGAAGCCAGGUAUAGGCUUGGAUGCCAUCAACGAUGCUCUGCUUCUGGAAGCCUGCAUCUACCGCCUGCUGAAGUUCUACUGCAGGGAGCAGCCCUACUACCUGAACCUGCUGGAGCUCUUUCUGCAGAGUUCCUAUCAGACCGAGAUUGGGCAGACUCUCGACCUCAUCACAGCACCCCAGGGCCAUGUGGAUCUAGGUAGAUACACAGAAAAGAGGUACAAAUCUAUUGUCAAGUACAAGACAGCUUUCUAUUCUUUCUACCUGCCAGUCGCGGCCGCCAUGUACAUGGCAGGCAUUGAUGGGGAGAAGGAGCACGCCAAUGCCAGGAAGAUCCUGCUGGAGAUGGGCGAGUUCUUCCAGAUCCAGGACGACUACCUCGAUCUCUUUGGAGACCCCAGUGUGACUGGGAAGGUGGGCACUGACAUCCAGGACAACAAGUGCAGCUGGCUGGUGGUGCAGUGUCUGCAGCGAGCCACUCCGCAGCAGCGCCAGAUCUUAGAGGAGAAUUAUGGACAGAAGGACCCAGAGAAGGUGGCGCAGGUGAGAGCGCUGUAUGAGGCGCUGGACCUGCAAGCUGUGUUCUUCAAGUACGAGGAAGAGAGUUAUGGCCGCCUCCAGAGCCUUAUCGAGCAGCACUCUGCGCCCCUGCCCCCUACCAUCUUCCAGGAACUAGGAAAGAAGAUCUACAAGCGGAAAAAGUGACCUCAGGAUUGCGGAGGAUGGGAGGGAGGGAAUCUCAAUAAAUUUUUGUUCAACA